AAAGAUUAUUAAUAAUUUGGCGAAAUACAUACAUUAAAAAAGAUAUAAUCAGUUCAUAAAAUAAAACAUAGAAUUUAUACUUUGUUAAUUUUUAAUAUAAAUAUUAGAAUAAAAGUAGAUAGAUAGAUACCUUGUUUAUAAAUUAAUAGCGAAAUGAGUGCAAGUAGUGAAAUUUAGAGUUAGAUUGAUUUGUAAAUAAAAUCAGAAUCAGUCAGCGUUAAUGUAUUUUCUCUAAUGAAGAUCUGCUCUAAAGUAUAAUCAAUAGCUCAAUCAAAAGAAGAAUUAGAAAAGUAUUAUGUAAAGAAUUUCAAAGAUGUUAAGGGAUUUUUCUCUGUUAGUUAUUUAACUCAUAACAAUCAAUAAUUAAUUUCUGCUAUUGUAGAUGAAAUAGAAUUACAAGAUAUCAGUAAGAAUUAGUAAAAUAAGAUAGUUGAAGUAAGCCUUAUAGGAGUUUGCAGUUUUACUAAAAAUUUGACAAUCAGUGAUUUUAAAUUAACUAUUUCUAAUUUAGAGGCAAUUGAUAUGUACAAUAUUUAGAUAAAUGAGAAAGAUAAAUAUAGAGAAAUUAGCAAUAAUAAAUAAUAAACCAUAUAAAACUCAUAAGUAGAAGCAUAAAGUAAUUUAAAGUAAUCUUAAUAAUCAUAGUCAACUAAAAGAAAGCUAUAGAUAGAGGAUAGUGAUGAUGAUGAUGGAAAUACUAAAAAUUAACUUUAAAAUAAAUAGAUCAAAACAAAUGGAUCUUUAGUAUCUGAAGUUAAAAAUACUUCUCCUAGAUAGAAUGAAAAGCAAAUGGAAGUGGAAGCAAGUGAUGAUGAAGACAAUGACUAAGAAUUUAUAGCAUAGCAUUUAAAGAGAAUAGUUGUUUAAGAUAAAAACAGUAAAAAAGAAGAGUAAACAAAAGCAAAUACAUAAAAUUCUAAUAAAAACAAUGCCAAACAGUCAUCUAAAACACCUGCAGCAGCAGGAAACAGUAAAAUCACUUCCUUCUUUAAGAAGAAAUGA